CCGCCCGCUCCCGCAAACACGCGCUCCCCACCGGCUGCCUGGCUGCUUUAAUGUAUUUGACAUUGACAGUAGCCUAUCUGGGGAGUUAACACCCCACCAUUCCCCCGGCAAGUCAUCCGAACAACAACACUUCACACGGGCAGUUCUGCAGGGUUUUUUUUGGAGUUGCUGUAACUGUCGGUGAAGAGAGUGAAGAACAACAACAGACUGGUUUACUCUCAGUUUAGCUCAAUGAUCUUUUUUUUUUUUUUUUGCGUUAUGGAUCGGGGCAAGAUGUUUGUGCUGAGAAGAUCAAGAUGUCCUUUUGCAUGGGUCUAAUGCUGUUCCACCACACAACUCUCCACUAAGCAUCUCUACCUGCCACAAACCAGCCAUGAAGUUGGCUUUGCACAGGAUAGCAGGCACCACGAUGAGCGCGUUAACAACAGGUGUCCAGUAUCUUGGCUCCAACGACGCCAGCUACGACGGCCCCUCAGUUGACUCAACUCUAAUCAAGAACAGAUUUCCCUUUGAGAAGCCUCACUCUGCUUCGGUUAGUAACUCUAGACUCAUCCUGGGAAAUAAAGAGGUCCUGUACAGCAGCCUCUCUCCCAUUUUCCCCACCAAUGUAUCAGACUUUCUGCUGAGCAAUGGCACAUCUGUGGAGAGUGGAGGGGCGACUCAGUGUAGGGACAACUUUGCGGACAACAUGGAGUGUUUUAUGAUCCUCACUCCAGGUCAGCAGCUCGCCAUCGCCAUCUUGGCACUCACCCUGGGUACAUUCACGGUGCUGGAGAACCUCAUGGUGCUGUGUGUGAUUCUACACUCCCAGACGCUUCGAUCGCGGCCUUCCUACCACUUCAUAGGCAGCCUGGCUGUGGCUGAUCUGAUAGGCAGCAUAAUUUUUGUGUACAGCUUCCUGGAUUUCCAUGUCCUCCACAGGAAGGACAGCCCCAAUGUUUUCCUCUUCAAGUUGGCCGGGGUCAUCGCCUCCUUCACCGCCUCUGUUGGCAGCCUGUUUCUCACUGCGAUCGACCGCUACAUUUCCAUCCACAGGCCCUUGGCGUACAAACGCAUCGUCACAAAGACUAAAGCAGUCAUUGCUUUCAGCGUGAUGUGGACCUUCUCUAUCGCCUUCUCGCUGCUGCCGCUGCUGGGGUGGAAUUGCAAGCGUCUCAACUCUGUCUGCUCAGACAUUUUCCCUCUAAUUGACGAGAAGUACCUGAUGUUCUGGAUUGGGAUGACAAGCAUCUUGGUCCUGUUCAUCAUCUACGCCUACAUGUUCAUUCUCUGGAAGUCCCACCACCAUGCUGUCCGCAUGUUGAGCCGCAGCUCCCAGAGGAGUGUGAUUGUCUACACUGCAGAGGGGACUAAAGUGCAGACAGUGAGGCCCGAGCAGGCCCGGAUGGACCUCCGUCUGGCUAAAACCCUGGUUCUGAUUCUGGUUGCCCUAAUUAUCUGCUGGGGCCCACUUCUGGCCAUUAUGGUUUAUGACCUCUUUGGGAAGGUGAACGACUUCAUCUUGACCGUGUUUGCCUUUUGCAGCAUGCUCUGCCUGCUCAACUCCACUGUGAACCCUGUGAUCUACGCCAUGCGGAGCAAGGACCUGCGCAGGGCCUUCCUCCACAUCUGCCAUAUGUGCCGGGGAGCGACGCAGCCUCUGGACAACAGCGCAGAGAGUGACUGGAACAGCCGGAGUGUGAGAGGAACAGCGGGCAGGGCGGUGAAAGAUGGAGCCGGCUGUGGAAAGACACGAUUAAAAGUAGCCCAGGUUAUCAUUUCUGGAGUGACAGACACAUCUACUGCACAGCCGGUCUAAGAGACAAGCUGCUCUGGUACAACUGUGAAGUAAAGAUAUUGUAGAAUAGCCCCGACCCUCCUAGUGCACUAUUGCUGUGAAAUGUGCCAAAAAAUGAAUUAGAUACAGAACUGAAAAACAAGUUUUGUUGCUUUAAAGCUGAAAACUGUAAUAUUUAUAAAUUAAUAUACCCAGCUGAAUGGUGGAGUGUGAUGAGACUCUAAAAACUGUGCAUUUUUGUAGAAGAACAUGCUCUUUUUGCUCUGUUAUUGAGAAAUGUUAUGUUGGGUUUGCACAUGUGUGACUGUAAAUAAUAUAUUUGCAUUUACAAGAACCAGUUGGCUCAAGGGCAAUUUUUCUCCAACUACUGUUAAAAACACUAUGCUGUGUCAUCUUUACCGUGGUUUCAAGGUGCAUAAAGUUACAGAUUUCAGCUUUAAUGUAUGACACUUACAUUUGUUCUUUCUGUUUUUUUUUUUUUUUUUACAUUACAUCAAUAUUGUGGCAGUAACGCAAGGUGAAACUGUGUCUAGCUUCAUGUAGAAUGUCAGUUUUGAAUGACAGCACACCGCUUGUAAGUAAAAUUAGCAGCCCAUGAGUAAUUUGAAAUCAGCCACUGAUGAUUUUGUAAAAUGAUGAUAUUGUGAAAUUUGGCAUAUUAAUGUUAUUUUACUUUAUUUAUUGCAUAUUUUUUAAACAUGUACUUUGCAAAGCAAAAUGGUGAGUCAUACUUUGGAAUAUGAACGGCUUUUUGAUUAAAUCAGAACUUUGGUCUGUAGUGAUUUGGUAAUGUUACAUAGCUGUUUAUGCUCAUGAAACAGUUACAGCAUUUUGUGAGAUGCUACACUUCUGUAUUUUUGUGAGGCACCCAUUGUGCCAUUGUGUCUCAUAACAGUGUGUAUGCAAGGACAUGAGUUCAAUAAAUAUAAGAAAUUUGGUUUUUGUAUUUUUAUCAUAAUUUUGUCAACAUACCAGGUAUAAUUUUUUUUCAA